AUGAUAGGCGAACCGGUUAAUCAAUCAACUGUAGUCAUGGCAAAUUUAAAACACACACAACCAAGAGGAGAGGAGCACACAAACAAGACGAAGGGCUGUACCCAAGGGACAGGAGGCAGGAAGGAAAAGUCCCAAAGGACGCCCAGUCAAGAUGAAGCCGGUAUAUCGGCCACAGCACGCGGCACGAAGCCCGGGCCAGCGUGCUCGAAGGCCAUCAGGAACCUCCCGCUUCCGUCGGAUUCCGAAGGAUCCGACACGGAAGCGGUAAUCAACGUGGACAACGUAGACUCAUCCACGGAGGACGACUUUUCCUCGGUAUCGUCAGUGGACGCGACCACUGGAAAGAGGAAGAAAAGAGGGAGGCCGCCCACGACCUACGCGGGCAUCGGCAAAAGGAAGAGGGAGGAAUACCGGCGGGAUAUAAAAAGGCUGAAGGCCGAGAAAAAGGCGCUGGCGGAGGUGGUGAAUCCCAAGGUUCUCCCCCGGGACACCACGCCGGAGAGGGAGACUGUGUCCCAGAUGGAGGGUCUCAGCAGCACACAAAUAGCUGCUGAGAUGUUAAACAACAUUAAUGUUGUUGUGAAGGUUGCCGAAAGGUCGAAGAACCUGAAGGGCACCUACGUGAAAGAGCUGAAGGUUUGCUCGAAAAACCUAAGAGCCGCAGCCUCGGUGAUUGCCUCGAAGACGGCGGGGUCUCAUAGUAGGGCGCUGGAGGAGGAGACUUCGAGACUCAGAGAGAGAGUGAAGAGUCUCGAAGAACAGGUGAAGGAGCUGAUGUCCCUCCUUCACCAAGAGAGGGAGGCGAGAAUAAGAGCAGAGAGCAGGGACAGACAGGCUACGCCAGUAAUGGAGGAGAUGCCAGGAAUGGAUCACGGGGCAGACCACUCACCCCGAGUUAUGACCCGUGCCCAGGUCCCUGCGAAACCCACAAAAGCGGGGAAAUCUGCUCGGCCAAAGGCCCAUAGCCAGAAACCGGAGACGGCAGCGAAACUGGAACCUGCCAAAAACACCACGGGCGCGGUACACAGGCCAAUGGUCAGAGGCCAUAGGAGGGUGCUGGACGAGCCACCAGCGGAGGAAGCCAUGGAAGGCAUUAGGAAGGUAAUGGAGGCAGUCUCCAUUAAGGAGGUGAUAAAGGGGGAUCCACAACAGGUCAAACAAAACCUGGAGAACCUGAUAACCAGGUGUCAGGGGGUGCUGACCCGCAUCCCGGAGGAACAUCAGCCUGGAAAGGAGAUAAACCCGAGGAAAGCGCCCUUGAUCACAAAAGUGGAGGCGAUCAGGGACAAGAUCCGGGUCAAGGCCAGGGAGGAGGCGACACGGAUCGUCCGCGGCAAGAAGGACGAAAAGCUGCGGAAAGAGGAGAUGCGAAAAGAGGAGAAGACCUCUUCCAAGCCAACCACCUCAUGGGCGGAGGUGGUUAAAAAGGGGAAGAAGAAGCCCAGUGGUGCGAAACAGGAGCCGGCGGCGAAGCCCAACAAGCCGGCAACCGUAGGUACCAACAAGGCUGGAGAAAAGGCGCCGGAAGGAAAGAAAGGAAAGGAGGCGCCAAAGAGGAGGGCACCUAGGACAGCCGCAGUGGCGAUAUCCUUCCCGGAGGGACAAGCAGGAGACGGUAUGAGAUACCUGAGGUCCCAGAUUAAUCUGGAAGAAAUGGGAAUCAGCAGUGUCAAACAUAGGAGAGCCCUUAACGGGGCGACACUGCUGGAAAUCCCUGGAGGAGAAGAGGCGAAAGCUAAGGCGGACACUCUGGCCAGCCGAAUUAAAGUGGUAGCGGAGGAGAAGGGAGUCCGGGUCUCUCGCCCUACAAAAAGGGCGGAGAUCCGGAUGAAGGACUUAGACGAGUCCAUCACGACGGAAGAGGUCCGAGACGCGGUAGCCAGGGUUGGAGAGGGUCCGAAGGAGGAAAUUAAAGUGGGCCCGAUCCGCCACACCCCCAGCGGAUUCGGAACGUGCUGGAUCCAGUGUGGGAUAGAGGUGGCCAAGAGAGUGGCUGCGGCGAGGAAGAUAAAGGUUGGAUGGGUGGCAGCCAGAGUUGAGCUGCUGGAGCCCCGCCCCCUCGUCUGCUUUAAGUGUCUUGAGAGGGGGCACGUCAGGGGCCAAUGUAGGAGCACCGUGGAUAGGAGCAAUAUGUGCUACAGGUGUGGCCAAGAGGGGCACAAGGCUCAAAGCUGCGGUGAGACCCCGAAAUGCGCGGUGUGUAGCAGCAAAGGGCUGCCCUCCAACCACAAGGCUGGAGGUGCAGCCUGCAAACCCCCGAGCAAGGGGGAGAAGAGGAGAGAGGCCAAGAAGAGCCGGGAGGAGGGCCGUAAUAAGAAGACGGAUAAGGGGACAGCCGCGGGUUCGUCAGCCGGACAAGGGGAACCAAUGGAGACCGAGCCAGCGACACAGGGUGCAAAGAAGCAGCCACGAGAAGGAAACAGUCUGGAGGAGACUGGAAAGGGGGCGCCUUCACAGCCAUGA